AUGGUGUAUGGAUUGGGAUCUAAUAUGUUUGGUCAGCUCGGUGGAGAAGACUUUGUAUUGGCUGUCAAUACGGAUAAUAAUGUGAUAUUCAGUUUCGGGCGCAAUAAUAGGGGACAAUUGGGACGGCAUGUGGAUAUGGAUGUAUUCGGGUGGGGGUGUAAUAGAGAGGGACAGGUAGGUUGUGGUAAUAAAAAAACUCUCGAUAAGUUGAAUAAUUCAAUAUCAUUUGAAAAGUCAUUUGAUGUAAUAAAUAAGCUUGGUGAGGGUGGCUAUGGACAGAUAUGUGACUUUGGUUUGGCUAAAGAGGUCCCAAAUUGUGAUCCGUUUCUUAUGUCUAAAGCCAAACAUACGGCAGAUGUGGGAACUGUUUACUAUAUGGCACCGGAAGCCCAGACUAAUGAAUACAACCACUUAAUAGAUAUCUACAGUCUAUCUCUAAUUGGGUCUCAAAUAUUUGGUUUCGUUACAAACGAUAUAAUCGACGGAAAACCACAAAUCCUGAUACAUAAAUUCGCUGUCACUAUGUAG